GAUUAGUCUCCUCAAAACCUAAGGCGCGCGCAUCUGCACAGUUUCUCUGAGCGGUUGGCUUUCGGCGGUAACCAUUUAGCUUCGAGGAUUCUCAGGUCGCUUUCAAGUGCAGCUAUAAAGUUUUCUGCGAGUGAAUAGGUCCGGUAACAGCUCGAUUCUCGAACAACGUUAAUGUUCUACGGCUCCGUUGUCCGCCUCAGACGCCCUGUCACGUGGCGCGCGUUGUUCUGCCAGCUGGGCUGUGACGCGCACCCACGCGUCUCUACGCGUCGCCUGUCAGUACAAUUUCAAUUCCCAUCUGAACCACCAAAACGCACCAUGUCCACCGACAAUAACAACGUCGCUGCCACACCCGCCAUUGAACACGAACCACCCUCCCUCCCUGCCUCCCCGCACCCCAAGCGCAGCCGCAACAUCGAGCCGGAACCCUCGUUGCCCGCAGCAGUUCCCUCUGCCGCCAGCGCCAGCCUUGCCGCCGGCGACGAAUCCGGCACCGCGACCCCAACGCCCCUCGCCAUGUCUAGUAGCACCGCACGCGCGGCACCCGCUCCGGAGAGCACCACGCUGCAGAUCGAGCUGCUUUCUCCAGGAGCGCGCGCCCCAACCAAGGGCUCCCCCUUCGCCGCUGGCCAUGACCUCUAUGCCUCCGCUGACACUAUGAUCCCCGCGCGCAAGUGGGCUCUUGUCCCGACUGAUAUCAAGAUCUCCGUCCCUGCGGGAACCUACGGCCGCAUCGCGCCCCGCUCCGGUCUUGCUUACAAGCAUGGCAUCGACACUCUUGCUGGCGUUAUUGACGCAGAUUACCGCGGCCCGGUUGGCGUCCUUCUUUCCAACCUCGACGAUAAGGACUUUCCUGUUAAGCAGGGCGACCGCAUCGCCCAGCUCGUCAUUGAGAAGUGUGUCAUGGCUGAGGUCGCCGUCGUCGAGAAGCUGGAGGACACUGUUCGCGGUGCGGGUGGCUUCGGUAGCACUGGCGGCUUUGGCAGCAAUGGCACGGCUUAGAUAGGUUCAGUCCAUGUGCAUAGUAGUGUAAGAGUGAUUGGGAGGAAGAAGGAUGGGAUGUGUUUCUGCAUUUAGAAUAUACCUAGCGAGAUUCGCGGCUUACUACGGCUA